UGUACAUUGUGAAUUUGCAGUUGGUAUAAGCGAUGUCUGGUGCUGUUCGGAGGUCGACGCGAAUCAAGAAGAAGCCUGCAUAUCUUCAAGAUUACGAGUGGGAAAAUAUCCGAGAAGAUCAACCUGAGAUGGAACCGAAGCAGCCACAAACAUUGGAUCUCCGUCCAGUUGACAGACUGACACAGUUGACUACGAGCGUGGACCGGAUGAAGCGCCUUGUAGACUGGGGCCGUCAGGCUAAUAGCAUCGUCGAGCAGUUAGAAGAUGAGGUCAUCGACCAGAUUGAAGAGCGUGCAGACGAGGCUCCUUCAAUGACGCCGUCAUUGCUUGCUCAGGGUGACCCAGACACCAGACACCAGAAACCAGAAGAAGAUAAUCUUCCUGAAGAUGAAGAAGAUGAAGACGACUUUGAUGACGCGAAGAGUGACCAGUCACAUCAGUCAACGCAGUCUAACCGUUCACAGUUGGCGAAAGUAAAGGCAGAGUUGGCGAUGCUGAAGGUCAAACAAGAAAAGCAGAGGUACGUUGAACAGCUGCGCAUCCAGGAAGCUCAACAGAAGUUGGCCUUGGCGAAGGCCGAGGAUGAGGCUGAGAGCGCGAAGUUAGAGGCUCAGCUGCUGGCCGAGUUGGAUGGCGGAGGCAUCGCUAAGCCUACCAUGCCUACCAAGCCUGUCGUCUUCACGUUACCGCCUAGAAAGCAAAGAGCGACUCAAUUUUUUCCUGUAGAUUUCAGCCUAGCAGGGGAAAAGUGUUACAGUUAG